UCGUUGUUUGUAACAGAGCGAGGGAGCGUGAGCUCUACCGAACGACGCACUUCGCAUCUUCGCAUUUGCGAUUUCCAUGCCCAUUUCACCCAUUGAACACAAAAAUAAUAAUUCUUUAGAAGUGUUGUUGAAGUGUAAAGAUUUUUUAACAUGACUGUUGAUGAACAUCAUUUGUUAUGUACUGGAGAGCCUUCCAUCCAACAAUAUUCUGAUAUGGCUGUCAAAUUAGAACAAGAAGAACUCGAAGCACCAGGUGGUGUUGCUACUCCUCAAUUAUAUGGACAACUGCUAGCCAUUUAUUUACUUCAGAAUGAUUUGCCAAAUGCUAAAUAUUUGUGGAAAAGAAUUCCUCGAAACAUCAAAGAGGACAAUUCUGAGCUUGGAAAAAUCUGGACUGUUGGCCAAAAACUUUGGCAAUGCGAUUCAACAGUAUAUGCUUCAUUAGCAGAAGAGUGGCCUGAUCAUGUGAAACCUAUUCUCUCUGCCAUUACUGAAACUACCAGAAGUCGAGCACUGCGCUUGGUUGCGAAUGCUUAUUCCUCUAUAAGUGUUGAAAAAAUUUCGUCUUUCUUGGGUCUCUCUGCUGAAGAUUGUGUCAAAGCUCUGUCUUCUCUUGGAUGGGAAAUUGAUUCUACGUUUCAAAUAAUGAAGCCACAAAACAAUGGAAUGAAACCUGAUGACAAUCUUGUCAGUGAAGAACAGUUAGCAAAGUUAACAGACUUUGUAGCUUUUCUUGAAAAUUGAUCUUUUUCUGUCAUAUGUACGUUUUUGUGUUAAAAUUUUCUUUUGUAACAGAAUAAAUUUUAUUUAAACUCUUAACUUUCUUUUUCAUUGAAGUUAUUACUUACAUCAGUUUUUUCAGUAAAUCAAAUGUAGUUAAACAUAAAACUACUUUUCCAAUUGUUGUAAAACUAAGUUCUCUACUCUGAAAAAGUUAGAAUAAAUUUGCUGUAAAGGCACUUCACUCUUCAGUUCUGGUUUUCUUAAUUUUUUAGUUUAUUAUUUUUUAAAUAUACUUUCUGGUUUGUUCUUAGGAAAUCCUGAGCCAGGGUAUAAAUUCCAGAAACACAUCAAGUAUAAAAGUCUUGCAAUCAGAGAUGCUCCCAUGAAUUUUUCUGAGGGUAUACUCCCAAUAAUCCACUGUGCACAAUAUGCAUAUGCAUUAUAUAUCCAGAAAUUCUUGAGGGUAUAACCCAAGGGUGAUAGAGUUCCGAGUUUUCUGGGGAGAAAAAGAUAAAAUUGUAGUUUCAUAUUUUUCUUAUGUUUCGAAAAUUAACUAACUACUGUACUCACUAUUCCUUUUGAUUGAAUAAAAAAUGUAGUUAACAAAUGUAUUGUUUUUGCUUUAAGAAAAUUUUAA